AAACGGCGUCAAGGCGUCAAGGCGUCACCGCAAAUCGGACGACUGAAGAAACUGCAGACAAUUGUCGUCCCGCAAAAUAGGCUCACGUAUUUACCGAAAUGCUGGACAUGCGUCCUGUGGCACUCGUCCUGCGCGGCAAAGCAUGGUAAGAGCCGUCGGACACGAAAGGCGACGAACCACGACAGAAGAUUGUGUCGACAACGGUCACCCGCGCUGCUGCGCCUGCUCUGAUGGAAGCAUAUUUGUGCACGCUGCUCCCAGAAUACGCGCCCAACGCGCCCAGACCAGAGUUCAAAGUUGGGCGAGGCGGUGCUCAAGACGCCGCGCCCGCUCCCUCUGCUGAACGACUACUCAAGGAGGCUGCUCGAGGACCUGCGCGCGUAUUCUCUGCGCGCAGUCGCGAAGAAGGCGGACCCGCGACGCAAGCGUCGGCCGCGAAGCAUGUACACUGAAUUGAAUCGUUCUCAUCGGACGUCAUUUUGGUCUCCGCGACUGAUGUCUGACAUUGUGCACAGACACUCGCACGAUACUCCUAACAAGCCAAUGUCCUUGCUUCCCGUGACAGCUCCGAUAGCAUCUCAAGCUCAGCGUGAGUCACGGCGUG